AUGUCUCCAAACAUGACCUGUGAAGCUCUCCAGUCCUUUUCUCCAAGGCUAACUGUUGCCAAAAGAAAAGAAGCUCUUGAGCUCAGAAAGACUAUGAAACCUUUGAUGGAAAAAAGAAGGCGCGCACGCAUCAACGACAGCCUGAACCAUUUGAAAAACCUCAUCCUUCCCCUCACAGGCAGAGAUAAGACUCGCUACUCCAAGCUUGAGAAAGCCGACAUCCUAGAAAUGACUGUGAGGUUCCUCAGCGACAUUCCCUCUGUUAACACGAAAGAUUCCACCGACAGCUACAAGGAAGGCUACAAAGCCUGCCUGCAGCGCGUCUCCGCUCUGCUUCCCAAAACCAGCCUGGAUCAGGACGCGUGUCGGCGGAUGAACGAGUUCGUCCAGCAGUCCGCGUCCGCCACCGUCACCCCAACCUGCCUGAACUGCUGCGCUCAGGGCUCCAGGACUUUCCCUCAGAUCCAACAGAAACUCCAGAGCCUCAAAUCCAGCUUCGGCUCCAGACUGGAGAGCCAGUCCCACAGCGGCAGCGGCGCAGUGGCCCCCAGCAGAGCGCAGCCUGCAGGACCACACGCUGUCAGCGCUGCCAUGUGGAGACCUUGGUAGAUACGUUCAGUUCAAGUGUUCGGAUCUCCCAAAAGCCUGUGAAAAGACUGUAAAGUGUUUCAUAUUUAGGCGACAUGUUAAGACAGCUUCAUAUCAUAUGUAUCACUUGUAAAUAUGCAUAGUGAUUCGUUUCUGCUGAUGAAA